UCUCCCUCUCUCUCUAAAAAAUACCACGCAACAUAUAUAUCGAUCGACGCUAUCUACAGAUACAGAUAUUCCAGUCCAGGGUUUCGAAGCCCCAAUCCAAUCGCCAAAGAACCAUGGGAGGCGGGGGAGCCAUGCGAGCGGCGGCGAAGGUCGCCGGAAUCCGAGUCGCGAGCGGCGCCCGUCGCGGGGCCGGAGAAGGCGCGCGGCCGGCGUCGGCGAUCGUCUCGUCUUCGUCUACGUCUUCCGAGGAGGUGAAGUCGGGGGGCGGCGUCUUGACGGCGUCACUUGAGACGAACAACGCGAUCGACGCGGCAGCGACGGUGCAGAGGCCGUGUUGGGAGCUCGACGACUGGGAGUUCGCCGGCGGCGCCGAGGAUAACUUGAAGUCCUGCGGCGAGCCGAUGCCGAGGCUCGUGUUUGGCGGCGCGCCGACGCUUCAGGAGGCCAAAGAGGCCACUGAAGAACUGAAAGACGCGCUCGAGAAGGCGUAUCUGACCUCACCUCAUUCUACUGAAUGUGGGGAUUUGUUAGUACCUGGUCAUCAAUACCCCUUCUCGCUCCUGUCAAAACCAGAUUACUCGGAGACUAAGGCCUGUAUUACCAGCGAAAAAACAGCAGGUUCACUGCCCAAUAAUGCUCUCAAAGCAUUUAGGCUUCUCAAUGAAAGCCCUGCAGCUCAGAAUGUUGUUGCUUCAAUUGCAAGUGACCCCAAUGUGUGGACUGCUGUGCUGCAAAACGAAGCACUCACCGAAUUCCUCGAGUCCCAGAAGAGCACUGCCUCCUUUUCCAAAAUGGAUCCAGCCGUGGAAGGGUCUGUUACUGAUUCUGAAUUUACAGAUAAUCAGUCUCCAAAGCCUGCUUAUGAAUUCAAUGAUUCAGGGAAAUCUGGGGAUUCUGAAAAUGGGUUUAUGGGUUUUGUGAAGGGCUUAAAGAUAAAAGUAAAUGACAUGAUGAGCAGCUUAUCCGAUUAUUUCCAGUCGCUAUUUGGUGGUCCAACCGAAGAAAAAGUUUCUGGUGACGCUGAUGCCAGACCCCCAUUUGGGGAGAAAGCCAUGGGAGCAUCCUUACUUGGAUUGGCGGUCAUGGUUAUUAUGGUUGUGGUGCUGAAGCGAGUUUAGGCUUCAUUUCUCGGUAACCUACCCAUAAAUUUGCCGAAGCUACAAAGAACCUGUGUCAUCUGUUGUAAACCUAGAAUUUCUUCUCGGAAUGUGCUGGUUUAUGACUAGUUUGUUUCUGGACUUGUAAACGGUCUUAUCGUUUUCCCGAAUGUUGGAUUGGAUUGGAUUUUUGUGCAGCUUAUUAAAUAAAGUGUUUGGAAUUUUUUUUU